UCAUUAAUGUCCAUCACAUUUAGCGUUGAAUUGUAUUCUGUGAUCUUUUUAACUUCUCCCAGUAUAAUUGCUGCCAUUCCCAUGUGUAUUUGUCCUUGCAAUACUACUUCAAUGAGAUCAAAAAGUGCUUCUUUGCUAUAUCAUUCAACGAGUGGUGCAAUCAGUACAUCCAGCACACCUGGAAAGGGCGUGGCUCUUUCUCAGAGAUUAAGAAAAUAUCGGUUUUUGAAUAGGCGGGAGGGACUUAUAUAGGGAUAGUUAUUCAAAAUCUAUGUGAUCACUGACAAUCCGUGUCACAAGUCAGAGAUACCACUUGAAGUUAUUAGCGUGAUUCAUUCGAGUUGCCUGUUUUGCAUCGAUCAAGGCCUUUUGGGACUGCCCUAGACCAUUCUUGUUCUGCCUCUUUGAGUUCCUUUGUUUGUUGUUGUCCCUGCAACACAGCAUUUGCAACAUCUUACGUGUCGUGUAACUAUGCAAGUCGAGAGAAGCAUUUCAUAGCCAAAAUUUCUUAGAGAAUUGAAAAUAUUUAUUUGAAGAUUUGCCGUCUAUACAUGAAAAAAUUUCAGCAAUGCAGAGUCUUUUAGCUUUUCGCUGGAAACCUAAUGCCGAUUUUGUUCUCAUAUUUUGCAGCACUCCAGACUAUCAUAUCAACUCUUACCCAAAGUAUGUCGCCGUCCCCAACAGACUCCACAUCAAUCAGACCCAAUGUGUCUAACCAAUUAGACAAUAUGUCAGUCGGUGUCUCACUCACACCAACGACUGCUCUACGUUCGACGACAAGAGCGUCACCAAUUACAGAAGUGUCUAGUCAAGGUGGUUUCUUCUCUUCGAGUUUCUCUUCGGAAGUGACUCAGACCACUUCCACGUUAAUGACAUCAGGGAAUAUCAUGGCAAAUAUUACUCAAAGUAUGUCGCCGUCUGCAACCGAGUCAAAAGUGUCUAGCCAAUCGCAAAAUUUAUCAGCCAGUGUGUCACUUAACCCAAGCCCAGCUCCGUCUCUAGCAACAAGUGCGUCAGCAGUUGCAAAAUUGACCAGUCAGGGUGAUUUGGUCUCGUCCAGUUUCUCGACGUACUUAAGUCAGGGCGCUUCCACGUCAAUGGCACCCCACAUCAUCACAUCAACUCUUACCCAAAGUAUGUCGCCGUCGUCAACAGAGUCCACAUCAUUCAAACCCAGUGUGUCUAGCCAAUCAGACAAUAUAUCAGACGGCGUCUCCCUAACACCAACGCCACGUCUACCUCUGACGUCGAGAGCGUCAGCAAUUACAGAAGUGUCCAGUCAGGGUGGUUUCUUCUCGUCGAGUUCCUCUUCGUUUGUGACUCAGAGCACUUCCUCGUUAAUGACUUCUUCCAGUAUGAUUGAUGCUACCCCUAUGUGUAUUUGUCCUUGCAAUCCUACCUCAACAACAUCACAAAGUAGUUCGUUGCUAUAUCAUUCAACGAGUGGUGCAAUCAUUACAUCCAGCACUUCUGACGAGAGUCCUCCAUCCUCCGACAUCGUAACGACCACUGCAACCAAUACAACUAGUGCCUCUGUCUCUUUGAGCUCUUCUGUAUGUUAUUGUCCCUGCAACACAACAUCUUCUACAUCUUACAUGUUGCCAUCAGAGAAUAUCAUGGCAAAUAUUACUCAAAGUAUGUCGCCGUCUGUAACCGAGUCAAAAGUGUCUAGCCAAUCGCAAAAUAUAUCAGCCAGCGUGUCACUUAACCCAAGCCCAGCUCUGUCUCUAGCAACAAGUGCGUCAGCAGUUGCAGAAUUGACCAGUCAGGGUGAUUUGGUCUCGUCCAGUUUCACGACGUACUUAAGUCAGGGAGCUUCCUUGUCAAUGGCUUCUUCCAGUAUGGUUGAUGUGACUUUUCUGUGUAUUUGUCCUUGUGGUUCUACUUCAACGACGUCACAAAGUACGCCGUCGCUAUACCAUUCAACGAGUGGCGGAGUCAUUUCAUCCGGCCCCUCUGACCAGAGUUCUCAAAUCUUCUACAACGCAACGAUCGAUGGAAACAAUACAACUAGUUCUUCUGCCUCUUUGAGUUCCUCUGUAUGUUAUUGUCCCUGCAACCCAGCAACUUCCACAUCUUACAUGUCGUUACCCCAGACUAUCAUUUCAACUCUUAACCAAAGUACGUCGCCGUCGUCAACAGAGUCCACAUCAUUCAGGCCCACUGUGUCUAGCCAAUCAGACAAUAUAUCAGUAGGUCUCUCACUAACACCAACGCCAACUCUACCUUUGACGACAGGAACGUCAGCAGUAACAAAAGUGUUCAGUCAGGGUGGUUUCUUUUCGUCGAGUUUCUCUUCGUUCGUGACUCAGAGCGCUUCCUCGUUAAUGACUUCUUCCAGUAUGAUUGAUGCCACCCCUAUGUGUAUUUGGCCUUGCAAUCCUAUUUCAACGACAUCACAAAGUAUUUCGUUGCUAUAUCAUUCAAUUAGUGGUGCAAUCAGCACAUCCAGCACUUCUGGCCGUAGUUCUCCAUUCUUCUACAUCUUAACAACCACUGCAACCAGUACAACUAGUGCCUCUGUCUCUUUGAGCUCUUCUGUAUGAUAUCGCCCCUGCAGCACAACAUCUUCGACAUCUUACAUGUUGCAUAAGUAUGCGUAUCGAAAGAGAUUAGCUCACAGCCAAAAUUUCCUACCGAGCUGAAACGUGAAAAAUGCUAUGAGAGUUGGAAGCCUAUGGGUAAUGUAAAAGAAGUACUGCAGCAUCAUCCAAGUUAUUCAAUGAAUUACUAACUCAGUUUUUGUUCCCAUCUUUUCCAGCAUCAGAGAAUAUCAUGGCAAAUAUUACUCAAAGUAUGUCGCCGUCUGUAACCGAGUCAAAAGUGUCUAGCCAAUCGCAAAAUAUAUCAGCCAGCGUGUCACUUAACCCAAGCCCAGCUCUGUCUCUAGCAACAAGUGCGUCAGCAGUUGCAGAAUUGACCAGUCAGGGUGAUUUGGUCUCGUCCAGUUUCACGACGUACUUAAGUCAGGGAGCUUCCUUGUCAAUGGCUUCUUCCAGUAUGGUUGAUGUGACUUUUCUGUGUAUUUGUCCUUGUGGUUCUACUUCAACGACGUCACAAAGUACGCCGUCGCUAUACCAUUCAACGAGUGGCGGAGUCAUUUCAUCCGGCCCCUCUGACCAGAGUUCUCAAAUCUUCUACAACGCAACGAUCGAUGGAAACAAUACAACUAGUUCUUCUGCCUCUUUGAGUUCCUCUGUAUGUUAUUGUCCCUGCAACCCAGCAACUUCCACAUCUUACAUGUCGUUACCCCAGACUAUCAUUUCAACUCUUAACCAAAGUACGUCGCCGUCGUCAACAGAGUCCACAUCAUUCAGGCCCACUGUGUCUAGCCAAUCAGACAAUAUAUCAGUAGGUCUCUCACUAACACCAACGCCAACUCUACCUUUGACGACAGGAACGUCAGCAGUAACAAAAGUGUUCAGUCAGGGUGGUUUCUUUUCGUCGAGUUUCUCUUCGUUCGUGACUCAGAGCGCUUCCUCGUUAAUGACUAAGGUAUCCAGUAAUGUCUCGCAAACUGAGAGCCAAAGUGUAUUCUCGACAAGUGCAUCAACGAAUGUCUCUCUAUCAGUCACUGUUAGUGGACCGUCGCAUUCAAGCAAAUCCGAACCUACGUCU